GCAGACAGUUUAAUUUUUAACAAAUUAUCAAAAUGUCGCAGGUUUCACUUUUUGUUUUCGUAUUUUUCAAAUAAAGUUCAAAUGUUUCGCGUUGUAGUAGUUCUGUAAGGCGGAAAGUAAAUAACGUAAAAUGUUGGUGAUUCGAUAAGACUUAAGUGUUGUCCAACGAAAGUCUAAUUACAAUAAUUCGUUAUCCAUUUAAUGUACAGUGAAAACAAACACACACCCACCACUCACACAAAAAAUAGCCGUUUGCUAUCUGUCAUUCAGAUUUGAAUUUUUCAAUUAAAUUCGUUGAAAUUAAUUUCGCGUAUCAAAAAUGGAUUUGAUUGAAAAGAUGAGAAGGUCGAACUUCGAACAGUUUGUGACCUUAGUUCGGAUGCAUUUAUCAUUUGAAUUGGAUCUCAAUACGACCGAUGACAAUGACGUCGUGUUGAAUGAAAAAUUAAAGUCGAAGAAACGAUUCAACUUCCACAAAAAGGCCAAAAUAUGCACAACAACAACCAGUCCGCUGUGUUCCAAUUCACAAGUCCUCAAAGAGGGAAUACUGCAGCUCAGGGAGCUGAUCAAAUUUCUGGUGCUGGAACAAAACAUUACACAAGAAGGCAUAUUUCGACGAACCGGUAGCCUAGCUCGACAAAACGAUCUCAAAUCAAGAAUCAACAACGGUCUUCCACUCAAUCUUGAAGGAGGUGCUUAUACGGUACACGACUGUGCGUCCGUUUUCAAAGGAAUUUUAUCCGAACUGCCGGAACCUCUCCUCACCGACACAUACAACGUUGCUCAUGUUCAAAUCGCAGAGCUCUGCAACAAUUUAGACAAUUCUAAGGAGCCACGUCUCGUGCAUUCACUUCAGCUGUUACUGCUGUUACUACCACCAGACAACUACAAUCUCCUGAAGGACAUCAUCGAAAUGCUGCACAGAACAACCGAAUUCGUGGCCAGCAAUAAAAUGUCGGCGAGUAGCCUAGCAACCCUAUUUACGCCGCAUUUGAUAUGCCCGAAGAAAUUAACACCUGAAGCACUGCAUCAAAUAUCACAACAAAUGUCCGGCGUCAUCAGUUUCAUGAUCAGCAAAGGAACGGACUUGUUUGACAUACCACCGAAUUUAGCCAUCGACAUCCGGGCCUAUUUCGUCAAGGAACAGCAGAAAGCAUUGUCGCCAGAACACUUCCUGGACGAAUCGGUGACGUCCGACUCGAUAGCGAACACUGUGUACACAUUUGUCGAUAAAGAACGAACGGCACAAGCGUGUGUGUCAGGUAAUCCGACGGAUACAGCACUCGCUCAACUGUACGCUCACAUUCAGACGUUGCCGGAAUCGUCAAAGAAACGGAAAUUAAUUAAACAAUUCAAUAAGGAGAAUGGGCAAGGAACCCCUUUACAAAUGUUAAAUCGACUUAAGAAUACAAACAGUGCAUCGAAACCAAGCAAAUCUCUCGGAGACUCCAUCAAACGACACAUAUUUCACAAAUCAUUAGCUACUAAGUCUGCAACGAAACAGCGAUCGUCGCCUGCGUUUCAUACACCGACCCGAGCCCAACAAUUCACCCCAAAAUCUAGGCAACUCUUUCAAAGUCCCUACAUACCGCGACAACUGCAAUCCGACAACAAUGUCCAACUGAUUUCAUCGAAAUUAUCACUUGCUUCACCAUCGAUCGAUUCGAACAAGGCCGUGAAGGCCAAUCAUAAGGUUACAGCACCAGUUUGUACCACACCAAUUGUAGCAACGGAAUCUUUAGCGAAAAAAGAUGACGACGAAAAUCUGAGCGAAGAUGAAGUGGAUUCAUUCGAAUUGCUCAGCGAAACUCUGAACCGAUUGCAGAACACAUCCAAUUGCAGCAGCAAAAAGACGGUUGCAUUCAAUGUGGCAACAGAUAAAUGCGAAACGGAGAGUGAGGGUGACGAACACAUCAAUAAAUCCGCCAAAGACUUCAAGUCCUUUCAUAAAUCCGAACCGGAUUUGAGUAAAAUCUAUGCGGAAAAUGCGGUCACCACUCCGCUGUGGAAUAACGGCCGAUUUAUUACGAGUAAACUGAUGAAAGGUGUCAGCAUGGUCAAUUUGAAAUGUCCGUCGUUUAUCGAUCGGAAAAUACUGCGAAAAUCGUCGUCCAUUCAAUUCAAACGGAAGUCAUCGACGAGUGAUCUGUGUGUCACGCCAUGCAAAGAGAACUCAAUGAUUGAUGAUGAGGAUUUUGAAGAGACGCCGAACAAAGACAACAGUUUGAAUUGGAGCCAGGAGUCGCAUCUUAGACGCCGUUCAAUGUCUCCGAUAACUAAGUCAACGCAGCGGAUGUCCAAGGCUAUGCAAGAAUCAAUAAUGACACCGCGAUCGAGAAAACCGGUUAUGUUAAUCGGUGCUUCGUUGGGCUCUUCGGAUCAACGGAAUUACCACAACAGUUUCUCCAGCUUAAGGGAAGAGGAUGAAGAAUCAUCGCAGUUACACGCACUCGAUACCCAAGAGCAGCGAUCGUUGUAUCGAUCAAAAAGUGCCGGCAAUUUAAACGAAUUGGACGCAGACAAUGUGGGUCAGCUGAACGUGACUGGCAGAAGGAAUUCGUCAUCCGAUAUGGAAUCAUUAUCGGCUCCUUUCCGCGAAUAUCUGCUCAGCCGCAGUGUUUGUACCAGUGCACCGGUGGACGCUUCGUUCUCAAGUCAACCGGAUGACUUUGGUUCCACGGAAGACAUUCAGGAUCUCACCGAAACGGAAUUGAGUCAAAGUUUACUCUACUGCUUGAAUGGAAACAUACCAGCGGAUAUGUCAUCGUCGAAUUUAUCGCCCGUCGAUUCGCGUAUUGCAAGCUUUGAUUUGCAGAGCAGAAAGCGUACGAUGGACGUUAGACCUGGCGAUGGUCAGGCGCACAAAAGAAUGCUGGUCAUUAAAAAUGUUUUGUUAGAACAUCCCGGUGAAACGUCAUUGUAGUUAUAGAUGCGGGACUGUGGAAGCUGUUCGUUUAGUUAUCAAGGAAGAAAAUUAUCAAUAAAAGAGGGAAAUAUAGUCAA